AUGAAGAAAAUUUCAAUAAUUCUUCUUGUCGGUAUCGUUGUGUUGGCUAGUACGAUUGAAAAUAACGGGGUUCAAGCUGCUAAUGAAGAUGACUUCGAAGAAGCACGUUCUGCAUCAAAUGAAUUUCUUCGUCGAAAACGUGGCAUUUUUCAUCCAGGUUUGACUGCAUGUGAAGAACAAAAACGUGAAGCUCGAGAAGAUUACGAAGAACGAUGUGAACCAUCGAUUCCAUGGCAACGAGAUCGUAAAAGCAAUCGUUUUUGUCCUGAUAUUAAUGAAUGGCGUGAAUUAGAUACAUAUGAAAUUGGAGAUGGAGGUGGUUUUGAUUUAGAUACAUUGAGUAAAUUAGUACCACAAAAUAUGAGUAUGGAAAAAGUUAUUGCAGGUGUUAUCGGUGGACUUAUCACAGCAGGCAUUGGAGGCAAACGAAAUGCGGUUCAUGCUAAUCGUUUUCUAAAACGAACCUUUUUUCAUCCCGGUACAACCAAAUGUGAAGAACAAAAACGUGAAGCACGAGAAGAUUAUGAGGAACGAUGUGAACCAUCAUUUCCACUUUACCGAAAUACAGGAACAAACCGUUUUUGUCCAGAUAUUAAUACAUGGAAAGAAUUUGAUAAUUAUGAAAUUGGUAGUGGAUAUGAAUCACGUGAUUCAAUAAAUUAUGACCAUUCAAAUAGAAAUCGUAAUAGAGAUCGAAAUCAAUACAAUAAUUAUGAUACUACCUAUCCUAGUCGAACUUCAACUGCUCCAACGGAUAACGAAUUUUUUGAUGUUCAAAACAAUAAUUAA